AUAUGGCUGAAAACCUGUAAUGAUAUUUGGGACUCUUGCAGUAUUUUCAACACUCUCUUUGGGCUGAGUAUAAAUUUUUGGAUGGCUAUUAUCACAAGGUUUCUUCUUGGGAGCUUGAAUGUUUUACUUGGACCAAUCAAGGCAUAUGCCACUGAAGUUUUCCAAGAAGAACACCAAGCUCUGGGACUGUCAACUGUUAGUACAGCAUGGGGCAUAGGAUUGAUCAUUGGUCCAGCUAUCGGUGGUUUUCUGGCUCAGCCAGCAGCGAAAUAUCCAAAUAUAUUUUCCAAAGAAUCUAUGUUUGGGAGAUUUCCGUACUUCUUGCCCUGCCUUUGUGUAUCACUCUUUGCCCUGGGAGUAACCAUUUCUGCCUGCUGGCUUCCAGAGACACUGCACAUGCACAAUGAAGAGAGUAAUAUAUCUUAUGAUGCUUUGGAAUCUGCUGCAUCACGUGAGUCUAAUUCAGAUUUUAAUGAACAAAACGAGAGAAGCAAGGCAUCUAAUUCUAGGAAAAGCCUUAUGAAGAAUUGGCCUUUGAUGUCUUCCAUUAUUGUUUAUUGUAUCUUUUCACUUCACGAUAUGGCUUAUACUGAGAUUUUUUCACUGUGGGCUGUUAGCCCUUGGAAGUAUGGGGGUCUGAAUUAUUCAACUGAAGAUGUAGGUGAAGUUCUUGCAGUCUCAGGAUUCAGCCUCAUAAUCUAUCAACUUUAUCUAUAUCCAUUUGUGGUGAGGAUUUUUGGACCGAUAACUGUUAUGCGUAUUGCAGGGGUGUCUAUUACAACAGGAUUGUUCCUUCUACAUACUAGAGCAGUGGACCAGGAUCAAAAGGAGCUGCUAAUGGAAUUGCUACAACUGCAAUGUCACUUUUCAAAGCUGUUGGUCCUGCUGGAGGAGGUGCAGUAUAAUCUUGGGCACAAAAGCGUCAAGAUGCUUUCUUUCUCCCAGGUAUCAUAUCAGUAAAAUUUCUCCAAGAGAAUUGUUGCUCAGUAAAAAUUUUCCCAUUCCAUUGAACUCAUCUACAUCAGUCAUAUGAUCAACCAAUGCAUCAAUAUAUCUGCAAAUUUUUUUCUCAUUUGGUAACAAAAACUUUCUUGUUAUUAUCCCAAAAGAACACCCA